AUGACAGAAGACGCCAAUACCAAUGCUGCCGCAACAGAUGACUAUUUGCCCCUGCGGAUUACUGUGAUCUCUAAAGGACCGCUGACUCAUCACAACAGCAACAACAACAGCACGGGGCACCACUGCCGACGUCGCGAAGAGGUGAGCGGGACGGGGGAGGGAGGAAAGGAGAUAGAGAGAUGGUGCGGAGCUCGUGAUUCAAGGAGCCGCGUCAUUGCACAUGCUUUCUAG